AUGCUUUUACAGCAGCAGUAUCAAAGUGCCCUGUUUUGGGCAGACAAAGUAGCUUCAUUGUCUCAUGAGGAGCCACAAGAUAUCUACUGGUUGGCCCAAUGUCUUUAUCUAACAGCUCAGUACCAUAGGGCAGCACAUGCCCUUCGAUCACGUAAGCUGGAUAAGUUAUAUGAAGCAUGUCGCUACCUUGCAGCUAGAUGUCAUUAUGCUGCAAAAGAACAUCAACAGGCACUGGAUAUUCUUGACAUGGAAGAACCAAUCAACAAAAGACUUUUUGAAAAGUACUUGAAGGAUGGAAGUGGGUUGAAAGACUCUACCACAGACUGGGGGAUGUCACAAUCCUCUAUCAAGAGCUCUAUAUGCCUUUUGCGAGGGAAGAUCUAUGAUGCUUUGGAUAAUAGAACUCUAGCAACAUACAGCUACAAAGAGGCCUUGAAGCUUGAUGUUUUCUGCUUUGAAGCAUUUGAUCUUUUAACAUCGCACCAUAUGCUGACAGCACAAGAAGAAAAAGAACUUCUUGAAUCUCUACCUCUUAGUAGACAAUGUACAGAAGAACAAGAAUUGCUUCACUUUUUAUUUGAGAAUAAAUUGAAGAAGUAUAAUAAACCCAGUGAAACACUGAUUCCUGAAUCAGUAGAUGGUCUUCAGGAAAACCUGGAUGUGGUAGUAUCGUUAGCUGAAAGACAUUAUUAUAACUGUGAUUUCAAAAUGUGUUACAAGCUUACUUCCGUAGUGAUGGAAAAAGAUCCUUUCCAUGCAAAUUGUUUACCUGUGCAUAUAGGGACACUUGUGGAGCUUAAUAAAGCAAAUGAGCUUUUCUAUCUUUCUCACAAACUGGUGGACUUGUACCCAAAUAAUCCUGUCUCAUGGUUUGCAGUAGGAUGCUACUAUCUCAUGGUUGGCCACAAAAAUGAACAUGCCAGAAGAUACCUCAGCAAAGCUACUACACUUGAGAGAACCUACGGACCUGCGUGGAUAGCAUAUGGACAUUCAUUUGCAGUUGAGAGUGAACAUGACCAAGCGAUGGCUGCAUACUUCACAGCUGCACAGCUCAUGAAAGGGUGUCAUUUGCCGAUGCUCUAUAUUGGACUGGAAUAUGGUUUGACCAACAACUCAAAGUUAGCUGAAAGGUUUUUUAGCCAAGCUUUGAGCAUUGCACCUGAAGAUCCUUUUGUUAUGCAUGAAGUUGGAGUGGUUGCGUUUCAAAAUGGAGACUGGAAAACUGCAGAAAAGUGGUUUCUUGAUGCACUGGAAAAAAUAAAAGCUAUUGGAAAUGAGGUAACAGUUGAUAAGUGGGAACCUUUACUGAACAACUUGGGACAUGUCUGCAGAAAACUCAAGAAAUACGAAGAAGCACUGGAAUACCAUCGCCAGGCUCUAGUACUGAUUCCUCAAAAUGCUUCCACUUACUCUGCCAUUGGCUACAUACAUAGUCUAAUGGGCAAUUUUGAAAGCGCAAUCGACUAUUUCCAUACGGCUCUUGGUCUUAGGAGGGAUGACACAUUUUCAGUCACAAUGCUUGGCCAUUGCAUAGAAAUGUAUAUUGGUGAUUCUGAAGCCUACAUUGGAACAGAGAUCAAAGACAAAUUAAGAUGUUAUGACUUCGAUGUACACACAAUGAAGACAUUAAAGAACAUAAUUUCACCUCCCUGGGAUUUCAGAGAAUUCGACAUAGAAAGACAAACUCUGGAUGAAAGUGGCAUAGUAACAUUAGAGUCAUCGCAUCAAAGAAAAAGUACAGAUACCAGUCGCCCACUGGAAGAAACAUUUGAGAUUGAAAUGAAUGAAAGUGAUAUGAUGUUAGAAACAUCAAUGUCAGACCAUAGUACGUGACCAUAAAAGCUGGCAGAGAGCUCAUUUUUUUCGAAGUGUAAUACAUUUGUUUUAGCAUUUUUGUUAUGGUGUUAUACUUUCAAGAAUUUGCUAUUUUUAUAUGAAUUCAGAGUACUACUCUGUACUGAACACCGGAGAAAUAAUGCUUGCCUUAAGGAUGAUUAAAAAGUACACAUGAUGGACUAUUUCUACAAAACUAAUCAUACACGAUGAAGUAAAAAAUAAAUUCACUUUUUUUUUU